AUGGCUCCUACUCUCAAGCCUUUCCGUGCUGAGCACAUGGGCUCUCUGCUCCGACCCCAGGCACUCCUUGACGUCAGAGAGCAGAUCCGAGAAAAGGGUCUCAGCCCCGAAAAUGCAGGUCUCGAUACUGUGGAGAACGACGCCAUCAGCGAGGUCGUCAAGAUGCAGCAGGAUCUAGGCUUCAAGGCCGUUACCAGCGGAGAAUUCAACCGUACUCGUUUCUGGGGUCUUAUGUGGGAUGAGUUCGACGGAACCACCCAGCUCUCCAACGCUGAGGCUGCUCUCUUCCGUCUUUACCACCCUGACGUCGUCAGCUUGAUUGAGAAAGAUCGCCAGGUCAUGCCUGGUGAUUCUGUGAUCGCUGGAAACAAGCUGUCUCACAACCCCGAGAAGUCUGUUUCGAACCUUCACGAGUUGAAGCUCGUGCAGAAGUAUGUGCCUAAAGAGAAUUGGGACCAUAUUAAACUUACUAUGAUCACACCUGCUUGGUUCCACAUGCGCUACAAGCAGGGUAAGGCAUAUGCUCCUGAGGCUUAUAAGAACGACGAGGAGUAUUUCCAGGACGUCGCAAAAGUUUACCAGGAUGAGCUUGACACGCUCUACAAGGCUGGUCUUCGAAACGUUCAGUUCGAUGAUCCCGGCAUGGCCUACUUCUGCAGUCAGAAGUUCCGUGAUGGCUUGGCUGCUGACUCUGACAACAUCGGCUCCGUUGAUGAUCUUCUAGACGCCUACAUCAAGCUCUACAAUGACAGUCUCUCCAAGAUCCCCUCAGACAUGCACACCGGCAUCCAUCUCUGCCGCGGUAACUUCAUCGGCGGCCGCCAUUUCGCCGAGGGCAAAUACGACAUCAUCGCCGAGAAGCUCUUCAAGGAUCUCAACGUGAACACAUUCUACCUGGAGUACGACACCGAGCGCUCCGGCGGCUUCGAGCCGCUGCAGUUCCUCCCCAAGGACAAAAACGUCGUUGUUGGUGUUAUCAGCACUAAGCUGCCUCAGCUUGAGGAUAAGGAGGAGAUGAAGAAGCGCGUCCUAAGUGCUGCGGACUGGGUGGCCAAGGGAACUGGUGAGAGCCAGAAGGAGGCCCUACAGAGGAUUGCUGUUAGCCCCCAGUGCGGAUUUAGCACUCAUGAGAGUGGUUACCCUCUUAACCUCGAGGAGGAGAAGAAGAAGCUUGCAUUGGUGAGGGAGAUUGCAGAUGAGAUUUGGGGCGAGGCUUAG